AUGGAAGAAGUGGCCUAUAUGCUUGUGAAUAAUGCAAAUGAUCAAAGGUAUUGCGAAAAGCUGCUCAACGAUUUCUCUUCAAGGAUCUGGUACCGAUCUGAGAAGGACAUGAAAACCAAAGCAUUAUUGUACUAUUUUCUAACCAAGGCAAGCAACUCAAUGUUCCGCAGACUUUUUCAUGUUAAUCGGGAGACGAUUCCGCGGAUUUGCAGGGAGAUCAAGAGUACAAAGACGUUCACAUUAUCGACUCUAAUCAAUAAUAAGGAUGAAGCGAUAACCGAAUUUGUUUGCUUCUCAGUGCUCUAUAUAAACUCGUGUCUGUCGCUGAGGAGCUGCUCCCAAUUCUGUGGCAUUUCUUCUUCGUUCGAAGAGAUAUACAUCAAUCUCUUUAACAAGAUGAUGAACGAAGUUCGAGACAAAGUGAUUUGCUUUCCUGCUCUGAACUAUCAAAAUUUGCUCCGGGUGAAUUCAAAGCGCUUCUUCCCUGGCGCUGUGGGUGUUGUGGAUACAGUCUUCGUCCCGAAGCUGCUCUCCGCGGAGGAAUCUUAUUCCAGCUCCUCCGAAGAGCCAGCGCAGCCAGGGAUCAAGCUUCUCAUCGUGAUCGGUCGUGAUGGUCGCUUUUUUAACAUCCACAUCAGUGAAAACGGCAACCAAAGCAACUGUAAAAUCUUCAAUGAAUCGGCUCUGGGCUACACGCUUCGCUUCCACAAACGCACUGUUCUGAACCGCGGUUCCUUUCUCAUUGCGGAUCGCUCGUACCCCGAGCUUCCCUACCUUCAAAUUCCAUUUUCUUGUACCGAGAUCAAGAACAGUCGCCAUCCAUCGACCCUUUCAAACUACAAUUACUGGCACCACAAAGCUCGCUUCAUCGCGGAGCGGAGCAUCCAGCGAUGGCUGUAUCGGUCGCCUCGCUGUCGCUUCGGGCUGCCGUUCUCUUCGUCUCGCUCGUGCAUUCUGUUCGUGAUUUCGUCGCUGGUUCUGAAUCAGAUGUGUCAGUCGCUGGGCGACGAGUGGGUGGAUAACGAUGCAGACAUUCAAUGCGUCGUGAUUGCGAGUUUGGAUGGGCGCGAAGUGGAGGGGGUGAACGAGGAGUGUUACAAGAUCUACGAUGUGAAGGACGGCACACCGAGCUUCGAGAACGAUUAUUAUGAUCUAAAUAUGGUUUCUGUGACGCACGAAAAUGCGGAAGUAGUUGACGAAUCGCUGGCGAACAGCACGUAUGAGCGGCUGAAGGUGGUUGCUCGGAAAAGACGCGACUUUCUUGUGGAGCUGGUGAAUCAGUUCCACAACCGUUCUGUCGUUUUUUUUGACGAUUUGUGUGUUUGA